AUGGAAUAUUUGUUUCCCAAAAGAAGCAUGUACGAGAAAUUUUGGAUGGGUUCAAGAUGCAGAAUUGCAAUCCCGCCAACUCCAGUUGAGUUUGGCUUGAAGCUAUGCAAAGUUGGAAGCAGAAAGAAGGUGGACAACACAUUCUACAAGCAAAUUGUAGGUAGUUUGAUGUAUCUUACUGCUACAAGGCCUGACAUCAUGUAUGCUGUAAGUCUCAUAAGCAGAUACAUGGAGAGCCCAACUGAAAUUCACCUGCUAGCUGCUAAGAGAAUCCGUCGCUACUUACAGGGAACUAAGGAUUUUGUUUUGUUCUACAAGGGUGAAAAAUCUGAUUUGAUUAGUUUUACUGACAGUGAUUAUGCAAGAGAUCAAGACGACAGAAGGAGCACUUCAGGUUAUGUUUUUAUGUUAGGUACGGGGGCUGUUUCGUGGUCUUCUAAGAAGCAAUCAAUUGUCACUUUGUCAAGUACCGAAGCUGAAUUUGUUGCUGCUACAACAUGUGCUUGUCAAGCUGUUUGGUUAAGGAGAAUUCUUGAAUAA